AUGGCUCGAAGCAUUUCUUCGUGGCUAGCUGCGCCCUUCAGAUUCACACCAGUCCCAGUAACCGUGCUAACCGUCGCCGUCUAUGCUGCAAUCUUCGCUCUGGUACUCACUGCCGACAAGGUCUCGAAAGUACCAAAGAAGAUGAGAGGCUUGAAUUUGGAUCAAGCAUACGAGGACCUUCAUCGUAUAACUACUCGCCCGCACCCGUACAUUUCUCAUGCUAACGAUGAUGUCCGCUUGUAUCUACUCUCUCGCCUGGAACCUAAUGCUUCAAAAUAUGCGCAUGUCCAUCUCUCGGACGACCUGAUAUCCAACGCCUCAUAUAUCGCCCCAGGCAAUUACGUACAGCCAUACCGAGGAGUGUACUUCGAAGGCACAAAUAUUCUCGUCAAAAUUGACGGUACCGAUUCCUCGCUCUCAUCAUCGGAUGGGGUACUGUUCUCCGCGCAUUACGAUUCUGUUUCUACGGCCCCUGGUGCCACUGAUGAUGGUAUGGGAGUCGUGACUCUGCUCUCACUCGUGGAUUAUCUUUCCGCUCCUGAGCGAAGACCUCGCAGGACGGCCAUAUUCUUUUUCAACAACGGGGAGGAAGAUGGUCUGCAUGGCGCGUAUGCUUUCUGGAAACAUCCUUGGUCAAAUUUGACCUCCAGCUUCAUCAACCUCGAGGGCGCCGCCUCCGGUGGCCAACCUUUGGUCUUCCGCUCCACGUCUCUGGCGCCUAUGCGCUCCUUCCUGUCGCAUGAGAUAUCUCAUCCUCAUGCGGAGGUGACGAGUGCCGACGCCUAUACAUCCGGGGUCGUUAGGAGCUACACAGACUACGAAGUCUUCGAACGUGGGCUCAGAGGGAAAGUCCCAGGCAUGCAGGGUAUUGACUUUGCAUUCUACAAGAACCGUGCAUACUACCACACCCCAAUGGACUCUAUACCCGGAAUGGGUUAUCGCGAGGCUCGGAAAUCACUCUGGGCCAUGAUGGAAGGCACUCGUGGCGCAGGACUGUCCUUGCUGAACGAUGACAACACUCGCGGAGAGGACGAAAAAGGCGUAUACUUCGAUUUGUUCAAGUAUAAAUUGGUCUUGUUCUCUCUGAAUUCUCUCUACGUGACCAACAUCGUCUUUUUGGCCAUGGGACCUGUGGUCAUUCUUGCGCUGCUUGGUUGGGUUAUCGUAGCGUCUAACAAAGCCAGCUCAUCUCAAACAGAAGGAUCCAACAUGACUCGGGAAGGUUGGGCGAAGGCCAAGAAGUUCCUGACUGCUGUCAUGGGAUGGGGCCGGUUCUGGUUGGCGCUAGCAGUGGGCAUCAUAGCUCAGGUAGGCCUGGUGAUCGGGUUUGUGAAGAUUAAUCCAUAUGUCGUCCACUCGCGUCCCCACCUUGUCCUCCUUGCCUGCAUGACGCUCUCUUAUCUCGCGAUCGUUCUCCCACUCCAAAUUCUGCAAACCCUCCUCCCGUCUGCCCCGGUUUCGCAAAAAUUGGCAGUAUCGCUGGAGCUCUACUUCUUGACGUGGAUCUUCCUCCUGGUUUCGACCAUCGCAAUACAGAAGCGACAUAUCGGUGGCGUGUACUGGGUUACAGCAUGGAACAUCAGCGCCUGGAUUGUGUGUGGGAUCUCGCUGGUUGAAGGGGCGGUGCGAGAGCUGAAGGAUCCAGAGACAGGUAAGAAGGCGGGGCUGGAUCUGACCGUCGAGGACGAGCAGGAAGAGGCUUCAAACAGAAGGUUUGUCAGAGGCGUAUUAUACGAGGCCCCGGAGCCUCAGGAUACAGACGGUGCAGAGGCAAGUGAGGAACACGGAGAAGUCGUAGAUACGGAGCCGACGGAGAUUACUCCCCUCAUGCACCAGCACCGUCGGAGGUCCUCUAGCGGGCGCGAAUACGUCACUGUGAAUGGCGUUGUUGACCAGGCAGCGCUGGAGGCGAAGUACGAGGAGUUCGGAUGGUGGAUCUUACAGCUGCUGGUGUCAGUGCCCUUAACGGCGCUGCUUCUCUUCCAGGUGGUUUUACUCCUGCUACACGCUCUGUCGAAUACGAUGGUGGAUGGGAGCAGUCCAUGGACGGUGUACGAAGGCCUGGCAGCCUGCUCGCUUCUCAUUUUCGUCCCAAUUAUUCCCUUCGCCCACAGACUACACAGUUGGCUCACCAUCACCGUCGCAGUCAUAUUCGCCCUCUCCCUCACAAUAUCAUGGACCGCGUUCCCCUUUACACAAGAACGCCCCUUCAAGGUGUACUUCCAACAAUCGAUCGAGCUCGAGCCACCAUCCACCGCGCUAGCGCGCGUGUACGCGUCCAGCGCUAUAGGCCCCUUCCCGCGAGCGGUAACCGUUCUCACGGGCCUGCCCGGCUUCGUCAACGAGCGGGUCAUCCCCGAGCUGCCCUCUUCUUGGGGAAAAGACCUCUCCUGCAGCGAGGACCCCGUCGUCCGUCCGAAUCUACUGACAUGCCGCUGGGAAGGGGCGCUCCUAGCCAACCCGGGCGGGCCCUCCUCGUCCUCGUCGUCCUCUCCGGCCACAGAGGACUGGCUCGACCUCGCCGUCACGCGCGUGAACGCGAGCGCAGCGCGCGUGUCACUCGGUGGGCGGAACACACGCGCGUGCCGGCUGUACUUUGACCGGCCCAUCGCACACUUCGCCGUGCGCGGCGCAGCGGACGGCGGUGCGCUCCUCCCGGGGUACGCAAUGCCCCCGGAGGGCGUGCGCGAGCUGCGGCUCUGGAGUCGCACGUGGGACCGCGUGUUCGAAGUCGAGCUCUGGUGGGAGGAGGCGGAGGAUGGGUACGGAGAGGCGCCAUUCGAGGGGCGCGCGGCGUGCGAGUGGGCGGAGUACGCGAGCGGUGCGGCUGGCGGGGUCGCGGGCGCGGGCGGACGGAUACCCGCACUGGAGGAGGUGAAGAUGUUCUUGCCGGUGUGGGCGCUGCCGACGAAGACGGCGGACGGGCUCGUGGAGGCGUGGACGAAGUUUUCCGUGUAA